AUGGAGUUUAUUACUCGAGGCUUUAAGGGCUCUGCUGUCAAAUACUCCCCCUUUUUCGAUAAUCGAAUUUGUGUGACUGCUUCUGCCAAUUACGGCUUGGUGGGAAAUGGGAGACUUUAUAGCUUGAUGUUGACUCCGCAAGGUAUCCAAGUACAGAAAACUUUCGAUACUCAAGAUUCCAUUUACGAUUUAGCAUGGUCCGAAUCAAACGAAAACCAAGUCGUUGUCGCAUGUGGUGAUGGAAGUGUCAAAUUAUUCGAUACCGCAAUUCCUGAACCAUUUCCCAUCGCAAACUUCCACGAGCAUGGUCGCGAAGUCUUUGCUGUCCAUUGGAACUUGGUCUCGAAAGAUACCUUUGUUUCGAGCUCUUGGGAUGGUACAAUCAAAUUGUGGAAUCCAAAUCGCACAAGCUCGAUUCUUACAUUACCUACACAUUCUUGCACAUAUAGUGCUGCCUUCUCUCCUCGUUCACCCUCGAUCAUCUCAUCUGUCUCCGCAGAUUCGUAUCUAAGAAUAUUCGACCUACGUACCCCUUCCUCGGCUUCCAAUCAUCUAGUCUCACUUAUUCCAAUCCAUGGCUCCUCACCAAGUGCAGGCUCUCUGGGAGCAGUCGGAAGCAAUCGUAAAAUCUCACCUCCAGCCGAAGCUCUUACCCAUGAUUGGAAUAAAUAUCGUGAGGGUGUCAUCGCAACAGCUGGUGUCGAUCAAGCCAUUCGAACGUUCGAUCUUCGCAAUGUGGGUGGUGGACCUGUCGCCGUCUUAACAGGACACGAAUAUGCUGUUCGCAAAUUAGUUUGGAGCCCUCAUCUUAGCGAUACCCUCUUGAGCGCCAGUUAUGACAUGUCUUGUCGCAUCUGGACUGAUGGUACAAUGAGUGCUACCAUGCCUCGUCAAAUCGGUCGCAUGGAUGCCCAUACCGAAUUCGUCCACGGUGUUGAUUGGUGUCUUUUUGGGGAAGGUUGGUGCGCCAGCACUGCUUGGGAUGAAAGAUUACUGGUCUGGGAUAUUCGUUCUGUGAUGAACGCGUAAUACUUGGUACAAUUUUCCUUCCUUUGCUUCUUCUGCGACUUCUUUCCUUCUAGUGAAGUUUAAUGGGAAUUUCCUCUCUUUCUGCAUACUUUGGAAAAUCACAUGUCCCUGGGAGCGAUAUGAUACCACAUGAAUGGCGUUUUACCUCUUGGUGUGAGGGAUAUGAAAAUGAAAAUCUUUAUAGAUAAGGUCAUUCAUGUUAAAAUCUACGCGUGGAUGUUCCGAAUCGUAGAGAAAAAUCUUUGUUAUUGGGUAUUGGGUAUUGGGUAUUGGGUAUUGGG